UUAAAAUAUCACAAAAAACAAACGAAAUACAGGAAAUUAUGAGUAAAAUUAAGGACUUGUUGGUUGAACUGCAGAGGCAGGAGAAGGAUCUCGAGCAGCUAAAUCUUUCUGAUUCUGUGGAAAAUCCAGAGGCUCGUUUGGGCCAAUUGGAGUUUUACAAGGCACAGAUCAAGCUGUAUAAUAAUCUGCGAGAAGGCAUCCAGCUGAAUUUGGAGCAGGAGACGAACAAGUUGGCGGCCGCCAUUCCAAAGGACGAUCGCAUUGUUGAAAUGCUCAGCCAGGUGAACGAAAUCAAUGGGAAAUUGGACAAGAUGUACGAGAUCAACAACUGUUCCAUCUGUGAAACGUCCUGUGAUCCAAGUGGCAAUCAUUGCCUGGUUUCCCUGAGAUGUGGUCAUCUCUUUGGACGCCACUGCAUCCUCUCUGCCCUCCGACAGGUCUACAGAUGUCCCAUUUGCCUGCGGGGAGCUCUCCCCUCUCAUGUCCGCAAGAUCUACGGCCUAAACUCUUUCCCCUUCUGA